CCAUCUCCUCAAAAGUGAAUAUCUCUGGUAGAAGGAAGUAGCCAGUUAGAUAGCAACAGCGUCAGAAUACACGUAUCCAGUAGAAAUCAGAUCUCUCUCGCGACUCCUCAUAAAUCGGGUGGAACGACGAACAAGUUGGUGGAAAAUAUAAAUUAAACAUGUACUUAAAACUUGUUUACGUUACAUUAGUCCUUGCAUUGGUAGCUGCAACAACAGUUGCGAGCGUAGAUGAUGGAUGUGCUGAACUCGCUUGUGACACUUGUGUCGGUGACUGUCAAUGGUUGAACUGCACAUUUAGAGAAACUCCAGCUUUCUCCAAUGUUUCCUGUGUCAACAUCACGUCCAUAAACGGUCAGAACAUGACCGUGGGCAACUGCUCUAAUGAAAUCUGCUCAGUUGUAACUGACAUCCCUGCCCCACCCACAAUCUCUGCUGCUCCAGUUACCCCUACGGCCAGCAAUGCAACUAACAGCAGCACCACUGAGCCCACCCCAGCUGACCUAACCACUGCAGUACCAACUGCCCUGCCCGCCACUAACGGUACGGUCCCAGUCUCUGCCGCAACGCAUGCUUCAAACGUCAGUGUCACCACCGCAUCACCUGUGGGGCCUUCUCCAGCGCCUCAUAAGAAUUCCACAUUUGACGCAGCGAGCUUCAUUGGGGGCAUAGUGCUGGUCUUGGGCCUGCAGGCUGUGGUCUUCUUCCUCUACAAGUUCUGCAAGUCCAAGGACCGCAACUACCACACCCUCUGAAGAACCCACUCCACCUCCACCAACCACAAUACCUACUCUGGGGCCCACUAUGAACACCCAAACCCGAAUCCCUGGCCAUUGUGAUUAUCACAGUUUUUCCGAUCAAUGUUUCUCCCAAAAGCCUAAUGCCAUUGCGGUGCCAACCUGUGGUUUAGGCCUGUAGAUUAAAUACACACAAGGUUAUAAACUGUACACACCCACAAGUGCGCCACAUCUUUUACUGUACGUAGUUUGCUGCACAUUUCUCACACCCUGGUGCAGCUGAAGUGAACUCCAGCGCAGUGGCAUUUGAGCCUUCAACAGAGGAUUACAUCACUAUGGAUUCCCCGUCUCUCGUCCCCUCUUCUCGCUCCCCACUCCCCCUUAUCUCGUUCCCCCUCUCCUCUCCUACACCCCCCCCCCCCCCCCCCCCCCCUCUCCUGCAGUGGGUCAUUGUGGCUAUUCUCCUGUGUGCUGACUGGAUGAAAAGCAGACUUGUUUACUGCUUCACUCCCCUGGCCCUUCAUCUUAAUGUUUUACCUGCCUGGCCUGUCAUUAAUAGACCCAAUAGUAAUUUAUGUAAACUUUCAAUUCUGCUGGUGUAUAGUGGGGCUGCCACAGCGUUGAAGUACUAGCUUGUUCAUGCACCUUGGUAACGCUUUGGAAACACUGUUUGAUUGAGGUCCCCUCCCCCUUUCUUUUUUGGAACUAGAUGACUGGAUGAUAUAGCAUAGCUUUUUUUCUUGUUUGUCAUGGGACAUUUCUGGGUAGGUGUUUUCACAACUCCUUUUAUGAAGAGUUUGUAUUCAUCUGAUGGCAGAGAUGCCUGUUAAAGUAAGAAUAAAAGGAGAACUCUAAGCAAUAGUCCAUCCUCUAAGCAGGGCCCUACAGUGUGACCACUUUACUCACAUAUGCGUGUAAAUAUUUUGCUGUGUGAACUGGAUUUUUAAAAAUGUAUUUAGGAGCACCAAUGCACGUAGGAAAAAUUAUUCUAGCUUUAUUACCUCAAAUAUUUAGCAUUGUGCUACUAAAUUUAUUUGUGUGCCUACAUUUUUCAACUUAGGUGCACACAAAAAAGUCAGUGUAGAGCCCUGCUUAAGAUAGAAUAUUAAGUAGAUGCCCCCGUCUUAAGUGGAGGAUGAGUUGGGCUCUCUUGGUGUUAAGACUCAGUGCUGUGUGCGUUUGGCAAACACUACACACUGCCAAAAGAGCAGCUCAAUGCAAUAAACCCAAGUCAACCCCUAAUUUCUACAACCCCCCCCCCCCCCCCCCCCAAACAAAUCUUUACCGACUUCAGCCAAACAGAUUGCAGUGAUGAGUUGGACCACUAGACUGGAGAUGACCCCUUGACCCACCACCUUCCUUUAACAGGAAGGAAAUCACAAUGAGCCAAGUCUUUAGGACACGGUUGAAGCGGUCUACAGAUAAAAUAUUGUGGUAAAUAUAUGGGAGUGAUAAAUCAAUCGGAAGUAUAAAUUAUUGUGUUGAAUUGAGUUGGAAGAAGAUAAGACAGCAUGCACCUUGAUGGUGACAGUAUUGGAAGCAAAGUGCCUUUAAUGUUAUGUCUGUUACUUAAAGUGGGGGGAAUGAGGGAGAUUUAUGAUGAUGCUCCUCUUCCUCCUGGCUGAGGCUUAAUUGUCAUGAAGUAAAAGCAGUCUGGACACAGGACAGGAGCAGUAUCGCGAGAACAGAACCACAGUUGGCCUCCGUUCCAUUUUAAUUCAGCCAACCCAGGUAGUAAACUGAAAUUCCACAUUUUCCUCAUAGAAAAUGAUUGGGAUUUACAUUUCAGUUGACUUUAUGAAUUGACUGAAUUGAAAUGGAAUUGAGCCCAACCCUGAGAACCCUAGUAUCCCAGCUAUACUGAAAAGCCUUUUAUUAUUGAAGAGUAGAUAGAUACAGUAGUUGCUCAUCGUGGUUUUGGAUGGAUGAAGACCUAUUAGGUUUAAAUUGAUUUAGAAUGGCAUUGGUUGAAAAGUGACCCCUAUGUACACUGAAUAUAUUUUGUUUCAUUAAAUGUAGGGCCUAAGUUCCACACAGCUCCCUAAUGUUAGUUCCCCCUCAUAUUGUACACACAUUCUAAUGACAUGUGUUUUUGAAAAUAAUAAAGGUGGAAAGGCAUUUAUAGUUAACUGCCAAAAUAAAUGAAACACUUGCAUGAAUGAGGGAUACAGUAUAUUGAAAGCAUGUGCUUCCACACAGGUGUGGUUCCUUGGUUAAAAAAAGCAAUUAACAGCUCAUGAUUAGGGUCAUGUAUUAAAAAUGCCCAGUUGCCCAUUAUUUUGGCUACCAUUGCUAGGAAGAAGAGAACUCUGUGACUUUGAUAGAGGGGUAUCAAAGGAGCAUAGGAGGUUUAAACGGUGUGUCUCUCAAAGGAGGUUGGUGACACCUUAAUUGAGGAGGGUGGGCUUGUAGUGGUUGGAGCGGAAUCGGUAUAUAGUAUCACAACUCAAACAUGGUUUGAUGCCGUUUCAGCCAUUAUUAUUAUUAUUAUUAUGAGCUGUCCUCCCCAGGCAGUUACCUGUAUUUUAAGCUUAGUUAGUAAAUUAAUGUUUUCUGGAGUCAUUGCAUAAAUUGGAUAAAGUUUUGAAAGUGUCAAAUAACUGACUCAAUAACUGGUCCCUGAACUUAAGUGACUUUUAAUGUUGAGACAUUGUCCUUUGCAUUUUGGGAGUUUUCUUUUCUCCUAUUGAGGCACCUUUUUUUAAUGUAGUGCCAAGGAGAGGAGAUGGGUGUUGAACUACAGAAAAGCAGUAACUAAGUUUCCCAAGUUUAGAGUGCAAACAGUGUGUCUAGUUCUUUGAUUAGCUUGCUGCUAAUAGUGUGACUUUGUCCCCUUUGUACAUAGAGCUAUCAUGUCAUUCAGUUGAUUUACCUUAAAGGUUUGAACUUUCAAUCCUGUAAAGGCAAGAUUGAGUUUUUUCAGUAGCAUUCACUUGCAAUGGCUUUUUUUUCUGCAUUAAUGCAUGUCAAACAAAUGGAAAUGUAAUAUUUUCUGUUGAAUUAUGCUAUUGGGGCUUCAGACACUUAAAAGAGAAAGAACCACUUUUGGUAGAGAAGAGUAUGCCUGAACAAAUGUGUGUUAAUGCCGAAGUUCUCAGUCUUGGCAUGGAAAAUGGAGUGCGGCACUGAUGGUUUUGUUUUGUACUUUUUGCCUUCCUGUUGCUGCCAAAAAUGUAUGAAUGCUUGUGAGAGAACUCUUAGCUCAAUAUUUUCAUAAUUAUGAAAAAAUAUCACCUUGCUUUGUAUGGAACACUCAGUGUAAUUUAAAAGUGCACGUGUCUGUCGUUCAUUGGCCCUGAUUUAAUGUAUGUUCUUAAUCACCUUAGGUUUGCCUUUUAAAGCUGAAUCUGCAGUCACCCGAUGGCAUUAGGCUACAUCCCAAAGUUGACCCCCCAACUAUGGCAAGUCAGAUGUACAAAUCUAGUUUUGCUUUGUCUGCAUUCACAGUAUGCUGAACAUUGAGUCCUCUACUCUCACUCACACAAAGGAAAGUUAAUGGCCAAAUGUCAGGUGGAGAAGGCAACUGAUAAGCAUUUGUGAAUCCAUAGAGCAUUCUGAGUGUUACUUCACCAUUAUUUCUCCUUUUGCCAUGGUGUUAAGGACACCGUGAUUUAAACUGUCUGCAUGCCGUAGGAACACACAAUGUAGCAGUGAGUAUUUUCUUUCAGUGUUUGUCACAGGACAUUGCCAGUACCCAUAGCAACUGAUACAAAUAUUCUGAUACUAUUUUUUUUUCUUCAGCUCGGGCAAACUAAGUCACACGGCCCGGCCCCUCUCCAUGCACCUUUUCAAGAAAAGUGCCUUACUCAGUUGAACAUAAAUGAAGAUUUGUAUUUUUGUCUUAACUUGAUAGUACACCCGGUAGAUAUUAAAGGGACUCUGCACUUCCAGACCCCUUGUAAAGAUUAAAUCAAAGAUGCUUUGCGUGGUGAGAGCAGCUUUUAAAUGUCUUUAUUUUCUCAGUCACACUCGACUUUGGGAGCUUAAACCAGACAGAAGAAUGGGUCAGCUGGCCAGAUUCACAGGCAUGCAAAAUGUCAAAUUGUGUUCCAUGACUUGUGUUCCAUGACUUGGCUACAUUCCAACAUAUAAUUCAAUUUACAUUGUAACAAUGUAGCUGUCUUUGGAACAAUGGCACCCAUUACUAUUGUACAUCUCAAACCCAGUUUGCUGAUGUUUACAUGUCUAUGGCUCUGGGGGCAGCCACCAUUUUCUGUGUGAAGCUCUGAAGCUUAUGUUUACAGAGCUUUUAAAAUUGAGUUUUUGUUUGUUGCUUUCUAACAAUGUCCAUAUGUCACCUUGAUUUUAGUCCAGUUAAAUAAGAGGUUCUAGGUCUUAUGGAAUGAUUCUUCUGUGUUGCUCUCAUGUGCACAAAGAUGCAGAUGAAUAUGUACACGUACAGUUGCUGUUAUAUUUAGCCAUGAUGCCUGCUACUGUUUUAUGCUUGUUUUAUAUCCAUUUUGCCUGGAACUUGAUUUGCCUUGUUUUCUUUUAUUAGUUUUGCCAUUAGCUUGAAGAUGUUAAAUUCAAUAAAGUUUGAAUAUUGUUGAA